AUGCAGUUAUAUGUACAGCGACUUUUGGGCGGAGACGCUACCGUUUUGCCGCUAAUAUUGUACACUAUUGGGGAGUAUUCCUCCUCCUUUUCUGCCUUGGCCCCAUGGGAGAAGAGCCUCUACCAGCACCUCGUUAAACUGCUUCUUGUUGCAGGCAAACACUUGAAAAAUGACACACACAAUAUUACGCAAUCCGUGGCAAUUGAGCACGGUGCGUUAGCUCAACGUAUCUUAUGUACUGCCUUUUUACGAGGUGGGGAUACUGCCACUGAAGUUUGUCGCUCUUUGCUGCAAGUGGGUAUCAGGGGAUGCCGCGAAAUGCGUCUUGAUCGUUACAUUGAUGUCUCACCGGGGAUUUUGGAACAUGUAUUGCAGUUUGUUUUGUUUUUGACAAAACUUUUUCAUGUCCGUCCGUCAGAUAUUUUGACGGGACGCGAGAGCAACCAACGUGCUGAACACGCAGGCCGUGCCCACACGUUGUCUCCGUCACUGCCUGCACAAUGGGGAUUUUCAGAGAACAGCCGCUUAGAAACAUCAGGGAACGGGAUCGUGCCAAGAAGAAGCAACCAUCGUCGUUGGCGAGAUUUACCAGGGAAGCCCUCCUAUGUGCCAUCUAGACAGAAUCCACUGUAUAGUGAUCGUGAAGGGGAGGGCUACUGGAUACCACCGCAGUUUCCUACGCCUGUUCUGGCCUUUGCACGGAAAUUUGGUAUUGGCUGUGAGCCGCAUUUACCCAAUUUGAGCGUUUCUUUCUUGCCUACGACUUUGCUGGGCUCAGGGGCUUCUGAGGAUCCCCAUUUUACUGUUCGUUCCCCUUCUAUUGUUGCUUCCCGUCGUUUGAUGGAGGCUCGAAAUUUUGAGCAACAGGGAGAUUCUUUGUUCUCACGUUAUCUUUCCAACGGAUUGUUGCUAAUUUGGGGCAGCGGUGUUGCGUUUAAUGGUUUGGAAAAUUUUGCAACAAAGUUUGAGUCGGAAACUGGGUCAACUUUUUCUGAUGCAUUCUUUUUUUCACCAAUCGUAUUAACACCACCCAUCCCUGUCGUCUCCAUGACCUGCGGGGCAAAAUCAUGCCAUGUGGUGACAGUUGAGAAUAAGGUGUACAGUUGUGGAAGUAAUGAGCACGGGCAAUUGGGAUGCGGUCAAUCCAAAGACACACCUCUUUUUUUCCCCAGGAUUUACGGUGAUGGCCACCAGUGUUUCUAUCAUGUGCCACUUUGUUCAGAGGAUAGAAUUGUAAAAGUAGAGGCCGGAUCGGAGUUUGUUGUGGCGGUCAUUCGUGAACGCAAUCAAAUGUACUUUUGGGGAGGAAAUGGCUGUGGCCAGUGUUUAUUACCAGAAUCAAAGACUAUUUCUGGACCAGUUAUGGUGGAUGUUCCCAAGGAAUAUGGUCAAAUUAAAGAGGUGGCAUGUGGAAGUGUUUUUGCCGCGGUUUUAUUUUCCGAUGAUAAGAUAGGGAUGUGGGGGAAAGACUCUAUGCUUGGGGUGACCUUGUCUUCGGAAAAACUUUGUGAUACAGAGACAGGAACGGGAACAAGGUGCGCAAAGCAUACUAUAUUCUCCAAACCGAUAGAAGGAGAAAUUGUGGCAUUACGGGCCGGUCCUUUUCAUUGUAUUGCCAUCACUUCUGCAGGACAUGCUUAUUCUUGGGGUGUGGAUCGCAGUGGAAGUCUGGGGCAUGGUACUGAACACAGUGGGAACAAGAUACAACGGAUUGAAUCAUUGGCAAAUCAUGUGGUUAUUGAUGCUAGUUGUGGAUCAUUUCAUUCUGCUGUGCUUACAAGAGAUGGGAUUGUGCUUGUUUUUGGAGAAAACACAUGUGGUCAACUCGGGCUUCGUGGUGAGGCACCCCGUACAACCCCGGAGCCUCUUCCUUUACCAAAGCCUGCCAUUGCUGUUUCUUGUGGACGGGAACAUACAUGUGUGCUGUUGGAAGAUGGCGAUAUAAUGUCAUGUGGGACAGUUCGCUCGUGCGGUAUGGGUUUGGGUUACGGAGCUCGAUUCAAUAUUCCCCAGCGAAUUUUUUGGAGUUAUCUUCUUUUGUCGAUAGCAAGUAAAUCCAUACAUGGUAUGGCGGUAGGUCUUCCUCGAUCUCUUUCUCUACACCCUGUGGGAGCAUCGAAUGGAAUUGUUUCAACGGAUGAAUUGAGGCGGUUAAAGCAGACUAUUAUGCGGCAAGGAGUGCGUACUGUGGCAGCAGGAAAUGGGUUUUUAUUAGUCGUUACAGUAGCGGGAGAGGUGCAGGCAAUUGGCCAAUCACAGAGGGGUCAAUUGGGUAUAGGAGACACCACUAUACCCUGCACCGAUACAUUUAAAAAGGUCGCGUUCCCCGAGCGGGUGGUGUUGUGUGCAGUGGAUUGUGGUGCUGAUUACGCCAUUGGCCUGAGUAGUCACUGUGGUGUUUAUAGUUGGGGAUGGAACUCACAUGGACAACUUGGACACGGUGAUUCUGUCCCGCUCCAUGAAUCCCUUUUUACUCCAAGGGAGAUAAAGGCGUUGCGUUGGAAGGAAGUUACUCAAGUUGCAUGCGGUGGUACCUUUGCCGUUGCCCUCACUCAGGAGGGCGAGGUAUACACGUGGGGGGAAUCUCUUUACUGUGGUCAUCCUCGUGUCGUUACACCGUGCUUGACGACUCCUAUGCUUCUCGAGGGGCUUAAAGAUGUCGUCGCUGUUGCAGCAGGCGUUUCACAUGCCGUUGCACUUUCAUAUGACCAUAAGAUUUAUGCCUGGGGGAGAGGGCCGCUAGGGAAUGGGGGUUCAUGUAAUACAAUAGAGUGUACCCCAGUGGUGUUGAAGUUUGCUCAUUGUGUGCGGCAGCUUGGAUGUGGACCGUUCAACACUUUUGCAAUCACCGAUCUUGGAGAAUUGUUUGUUUGGGGCUUGAAUGAUCAUGGACAGUGCGGUGUGCAUCACUGCGAGGGUCCACCUCCGUCUUGGGAUGAAGGGUUGAACUCUCACACAGACCGGAAACAGGAGCGGCGGCAGCGACAUGCGACGUCGUCCUCGGAGGUGUUGUUCCCGACGCAUGUUGCUCAUGGUGUGCGUGAUGCAGCAUUUGGUGCUUCAUGUGGCAUCUUGAUUUGGGAAGAUGGCAGCAGUGCGGUCUCUGGGGAGAUCCACCAAGAUGGCAAGAAGGUCCUCUUUCAUAGAUUCACACCACAACGAUUAACGAUGACUUCUCGACAUCAGAAUAAGGAGGGCAAUUCAUCUCAUGUUUUGGGAAAGGAAUCUUCACCUGUAUUUUUUUCACGUUGUUUUGGCGGGUUUGACAUGUUGUUUGUUCUGUUGGAAUGGGAACGUCCAAGCGCAACAGAGGUCGCAGGGGCAAUUUGCAACAUGAAAGCAUGUCUGCAUUCUCCCAGGACUGCGAGUGGAGGAGUGGAGAAGAAGGAGAAGAGGAAUGUAUAG